UUCACUCACCUUAAGGGUGUUUUGCCUGAGUUGUUCAGCUGUCUGUUUCAAAAUUGCUUACAUGUCGCUUUCCAGAGGAAUUCAGAGAUACAAAAAGAGGAUGAUUGCUUCUAAAUUCUAGACUUCAAAAUCAAAAUACUAGAAGCCUAGGACUUUGAUGCUACAUGAAUUCUUCAGUGCUGUACAGGGUCUUUUUGAGCAGUAGGCUGCUGGUGAGCUUCUUCUAAAUCAGACACACCUUUGGGUUGGGCUAUUUUGGAAACUAAGUAAUUGAUGAGGUUCAAGGUAUGGUCUGCUAGGAACAAGUGAUUUUAUUUUGUGUUUUUACAUGUACUUUGAUCAGCUGAUGCAGUUGACAGACAGUCUCCUCUGUAAGUAAGCGACUAGGGUUGGAGGAGUGGUGACCUGUAGUGAGCCUUUCUUGACUUUUUUCUAAGUGGGCAUUGCUGGCUUUCAGGCAGCUAGGCAACAGAGGAAAAGGGACCUGAUAUGGGGGUACCUUUAUUUGGGGAGAACAAUCCCUUCUACUCCCGGAUCUGGAAUGGACUAAGUCAGAAGUUGCAAGGCAAAAAAUCCUGGGAUAAACAUCUGGAUGAAAUCUACUUACUCCAGCAGAAAAGGAUCUGGGAAUCCCCACUCCUCCAGGCUGCCAAAGAGAAUGACCUUGCAGCCAUUAGGAAACUUCUCACUGAUGGAACAUGCGAUGUCUAUCAGAGAGGUGCAGUGGGGGAGACUGCCCUUCAUGUAGCUGCCUUGUAUGAUAACUUGGAGGUGGCAGUGGCUCUGAUGGAAGCAGCUCCUGAGCUUGUCAAUGAGAGGAUGACAUCAGAGCUCUAUGAAGGGCAGACAGCUCUCCAUAUUGCAGCAGCGAACCAGAACAUCACUUUGGUGAAGGCUUUGCUUAAGAGAGGAGCCGAUGCCAGCACAGCACAGGCCACUGGGCACUUCUUCAGGCGCAGCUCCCAGAGCCUUUUCUAUUUUGGAGAGCAUGUUUUAUCAUUUGCUGCCUGUGUGGGAAAUGAGGAAAUUGUACAGUUGCUCAUUGAAAAUGGAGCUGACAUCAGAGCUCAAGAUUCUCUGGGUAACACUGUUCUUCACAUCCUGGUUCUCCAGCCUAAUAAGACGUUUGCCUGCCACAUGUACAGCCUGAUUCUUUCCUAUGACAGGAACAAAGAGGGAUCAGGGUCACUGGAACUGAUCCCUAACAAUGAGGGUCUUACUCCAUUCAAACUGGCCGGAGUUGAAGGCAACACUGUGAUGUUUCAAUACCUUAUGCAGAAGAGGAAGCAGAAUCUCUGGUCUUUUGGCCCCUUGACCACUGUGCUCUAUGAUAUCACAGAGAUUGACUCCUGGGCUGAAGAUCAGUCCUUCCUUGAGCUCAUUGUAUCAACCAAGAAGAGAGAGGCACGCCAGAUCUUGGACCUAACACCUGUGAAGGAGCUGGAAUCUUAUGUGGCAUAUGAGGAUGAGCUGAGGCUGGUGGGGGAGCUGAUCACAGUCAUUGGAGCUGUAGUAAUUUUGGUCCUUGAGAUCCCAGAUAUCCUUAGAGUUGGAGCAGCGAAAUACUUUGGACAAACAAUCCUAGGAGGUCCUUUCCACAUAAUUGUCAUCACAUAUGCUUGCAUGAUUCUAGUAACCAUGGUGAUGCGUCUCACCAGCACCACUGGAGAGGUGGUGCCCAUGUCCUUUGCCCUGGUGCUAGGAUGGUGCAAUGUCAUGUACUUCGCACGAGGCUUCCAGAUGCUUGGGCCUUUUACCAUCAUGAUCCAGAAGAUGAUAUUUGGAGAUCUUAUGCGCUUUUGCUGGCUCAUGGCUGUGGUGAUAUUAGGCUUUGCAUCAGCUUUUUACAUCAUCUUCCAGACAGAGAAUCCUGAAAACCUUGGGCAAUUCUACAACUAUCCCAUGUCCUUGUUCACCACUUUUGAGCUGUUCCUCACUAUCAUUGAUGGCCCUGCAAACUAUGAUGUGGACCUGCCUUUUAUGUACAGCGUGGUAUACUUUGCUUUUGCCAUCAUUGCUGCCCUCCUUAUGCUCAACUUGUUAAUUGCCAUGAUGGGUGAUACCCACUGGAGAGUGGCCCAUGAGCAGGAUGAGCUCUGGAGAGCCCAGGUUGUCGCUACUACUGUCAUGCUGGAGCGGAAACUGCCAAGGUGUCUCUGGCCUCGCUCGGGAAUCUGUGGUCGGGAAUAUGGGUUAGGGGACCGAUGGUAUCUCAGAGUUGAAGACAGGAUUGAUCCCAACAAACACAAGAUGAUGCGGUACACAGAAGCAUUUAAGGCUCAGGAUAGGGAUAACUAUGACAAAGGUUCCGAAAAGCUGGAAAUCAACAGAGACAUCCUGUAUAAGAAGGAAUUUUCUACUCUGUCAUUGUCACGAAGCACAUCCAGAACUAGUUCUCACCGUGGCUGGGAGAUCCUGAGGCGCAACACUUUCCGCCAACUUUGUGGAGAGGUUGGUCAUGCCACGGAGGAGGAGGUCUAUGAUGUCUAAGAAGCCUCUAUUUUUACUCCACAAGAUGAAUCCCUUUUGCCACAAUUGUCUUCUAUAGCUGUUCAUACACUCCCCAGAAUGCUACACACAUUUAUCAGCCUUGAAGAACUCCACCGGUGAAGAUUUCGUGAGCAGUUCAUGGCAUCUAUGCUAUGAUAUGUGAAAGCAGUCUUUUCUCUCCUACUUAUAAGUGCCUCUGCAGUUGCACUGAUAUUUGCACCAAGCUGGUGGGCUUGUUGAGCUAUAUAAUGCAAAUGAGCAAGAGAAGCCAGCAAUGAGAUUUCAUCCAUUUAUGAAAAAGUGAUCAUUAAGCCCUCUUCCAGAUUGUUACAUGCAGUAUAAUCUAUCUCCCCAGUUUCACAAAAUCACGAUGCUCUCAUAGCAAAGAAGGAUGACUGGUUUAUGAUUUGGUACAGAGUUGGAAAAAGACCAACAACCAAACCCUGUAACUGAGCUCAGGAAUAAAGGUAGUUGUUGAUACUGUGAUGAUUAAAAAGGACUGUAAAUACUCAGCAGGAAUUCAGGGCCUGACAGAUUUUGGCCUCUGAAUAAAGGCAGUCUCUAUUAACUGCAUUUUCAACAUUGCUAUCUUAGCAGGACUGUUAUCAUUUUGGUUUGUGUUGCUUGUUUGGGUUCUUUAUUGGUGAUGGGGUUUUUGCUUGUUUCUUUGUUUGUUUUUGUCACAUGAAUGCACUUUAAGCUUUUGAAAAGAAGUGAUUGCUAUUCCUGAUUGCUAUUCCUGAGAGGAUUCUGAAGUGGGAACUUCUUUUCCUAUUAAGAGCAUGUAUGACCUGGUUAGGUAACUUUCAGCAGUGUGAAAUUUCAGCAGAGAUAUUUAUCUCCCAAGUGAGCUAAAGCUGGUCUUUUGUUUUCUGUGGAAGAGUAGGUUUAUGAUUCAGACUGAGACAUCGAGGCUGGGUAGUGAGCUCUCUAUAACACAGAAAGAAACAGUGAGGAAAUGUUGGAUAGAUGAAUAAUAGCUAUUGCAGAGGCAGUUCAGAAGCUGAUGUGCACUCGCUCUGUCUCUCUGAAAGUCUGAAACUAUCCAAUGAAAAACUGAGUCACCCACGCUGUUCCCUUCCAGGCAUGACACUGUGCCAGUCUGUCAAUUUGUCUUCUGCCUAAGGACACUUUAAGAAAAAUGAAGAAAUGUAAGAAAUGAUCCGAGAAAUGGACAGUCAUUUCAGGUUCUUUUGUAUUCUCAGGAGUGCAGAGUUUCAAUCCAGUAGCAGAAAUUGAGAAGAAAGCAAUCCAAGGUCUUUACAUUUCCUUCCAACAGGGCUAGUAACAGCAACUUUGUUUUUUAAGAAAUCAAGGACUAUUACCUAACACUAGACUUUGAGCCAAAUCAUUGUGUGAUAAUCAAAGAAGAUAAUGAAAAAGCUGAAUCCAGUGGAUUUCUAAUUAUAUUGAAAUAUCAAACAUCUCCUCUCUUGCAGGUGCUGUGACGAGUAUAAUGAUCUUUACAAUUAUGUAUAUUUAUUUAAAUAUCCUCUUUCUCUUACUUGAAUGUGAACUUUUUUUUGUGCUGUAAUGGAAGACUGACAGAAGACUGUCCCUCCGGAAUUCAACUGUAUACUUUUGAGUUGACUCUUUUUAUUGAAUUGAAGCUAUUGCCUAGUCUUGGUCACUUAAGUCCUUUUACAUUUAUACUGCUGGUCUGUGGAGAUGGAAUAGAUGUAGCCAAUUAACCAGAACUGUGAAGUGUUGCUCUGAUUUUAGAUUAAUUUUUUUUUCAUAGUGAAUUAGAAACAACAAGAAGGAGAGGACUGAUGAUUUCUCCAUCCUACCCCUGCCCCCAAGUAUAGUAGACUUUUUACUAGUUUGAAAACCACAGAAAUACAAUAGAGAUGGAGCCACAUAUUGUCAUUUCUACAAAAGAACUCAUCUUUGUGACAUAAUAAUAAUAAUAAUAAGGGUAGUUUGAAGUACAAGAUGUAUAAGCCCUGGUUCUGAUUUUGUGUUCUUCUUCAUUGCUAUAAACAAUGAGAAAUUUUAUCUUAGAAAUUAAAACAACAUUUUGACAUUGCAGGAGGCAGAACAAAAUUCAUUUACCAGUGCUAGGCCUUUCAUAAUUUCUGUAUCUGCUCUCCAUAAAAAGAAAAGAAAAAAUCCAGUAGCAGAUUUUUUCAAGGAGGUACCUUCUCUUGUAAAAUUACAUUCCGUGACAGUUAGCUUUCAAGCUCCUUGCACAGAACCCAUGCAUAUAACAGCAUCAGAACUGUGUGAUUUAUUUUCUGUCUUUAGAGUUGCCUAAUGCAAAUAAGAUAGAGAAUCAUAGAAUCAUAAAAUAGUUUGGGUUGGAAGGGACCUUUAAAGGUCAUG